AUGGCUGACGGCAAACUGAGAGCUGCGAUCCUGGUUGUAUCGGAUACUGCUUCCAAGGACCCAUCAUCUGACAGAGUGGCUGAUACUCUGACGGCGACUUUUGCAGCUGAGGGGUCAAGCAGCUGGGAGGCUCCCACUAUCAAGAUUGUCCCUGAUAAUGUGCUGGACAUUCAACGAACAAUCUGCAGCUGGACAGAUGGCCCGGAAUGGGCCAAUCUAGUCCUGAUUAGCGGUGGCACAGGUUUUGCCGUCAAAGAUAAUACCCCCGAGGCAGUAUCCCCUCUCAUCCAUCGCCAUGCACCUGGUUUAGUACACGGCAUGCUUGCCGCUUCUCUCAAAGUGACACCAUUUGCAAUGAUGUCUCGCCCCGUGGCGGGUGUCAGAGAUAAGUCACUCCUGAUUACACUACCAGGCUCGCCAAAGGGAGCCAAGGAAAAUCUUGAGGCAAUCAUCAAGCUUCUACCGCACGCUUGUACUCAGGCGGCUGGAGCAGACUCGCGAGCUCUUCAUGCUGGCGGUGUCAAGAAGCUGGAAGCCGAAGCUGGUGUAGCCCCCAAUGAUCCGCGCUCGGAAAGUCAAGGACAGCAGCAUGAUCACCAUCAUCACCACCAUCACCACGGGCAUUCCCAUGCUCACGGUCAUGUCGUUCCAAGAGCGCACACAUCGCCUUCUGAACGACCGCAGUCCAAUGAUCCCAAUGCCGGUCCGAAUCGCCGGUAUCGCUCAUCGCCUUAUCCCAUGUUAUCGGUUGACGAAGCCCUCAAGCUGGUCAGCCAGCACACUCCAGACCCAGUAGUCGUUGAGGUCCCUGUGACCACCGCUCUGGUCGGCUCCGUCAUUGCGGAAGAUGUCUACGCCGGAGAGGCUGUACCAGCUUACCGCGCAAGCAUCGUCGACGGAUACGCUGUCAUUGCACCGGAUUCCGCCCCAGCCGGACCGAGCACAAAGGGCAUUUUUCCGGUGGCUUCAAUCACCCAUGCGAACCCGGGGGGAGCGCUAUCACCUCUCGAGCCAGGUACUGUUGCCCGGAUCACGACCGGAGCGCCACUCCCUCCGAAUUCAAAUGCGGUUGUGAUGGUCGAGGACACCGUUUUGGUCUCCUCGACCCCCGACGGCCAGGAGGAAGCAACAAUCGAGAUCCUCACCGGUGACAUCAAGCCCUUGGAGAACGUCCGCGAGCCAGGCAGCGACAUCCCACUCGGAUCCAAAAUCCUCCGCAAAGGCGACCUCAUUACCUCCGUCGGUGGCGAAAUCGGCCUCCUAGCCGCAACAGGAACCAGGACUGUGAAGGUCUACAAGAAACCCUGCGUGGGUGUCCUUAGCACCGGCGAUGAGCUAGUCGAGCACAACGACCCAAGCAAGCUCUACGGAGGUCAGAUCCGAGACUCCAACCGCCCAUCGCUCCUCUCCUGCCUGGCCUCCUGGGGCUUUCCCACAGUUGAUCUCGGCAUCGCGCGCGACACCCCACCAGGCGAACUCGAGAACGCCCUCCGCGACGCCCUCCGCGGCGUCGGCCGGGCACACAACCCUGUCGAUGUGAUCGUGACCACAGGUGGCGUCUCCAUGGGCGAACUGGACCUGCUCAAGCCGACGAUCGAGCGCUCGCUCGGCGGGACAAUCCACUUCGGCCGCGUGGCGAUGAAACCAGGCAAACCGACCACCUUCGCGACCGUGCCGUUCAAGCCAUCCGCAUCCGCAUCCGCGGCGACAGCCACGCAGCAGGAGCGCGAGGCAAAACUCAUUUUCUCUCUCCCCGGGAACCCCGCCUCGGCGCUCGUCACGCUCAACCUCUUCGUGCUUCCCUCCCUGCACAAGCUGAUGGGCCUGGGCCAAAGACAGACCGCGCCGGGCGUCGCACCCGCCCUGGGUCUGCCGCUGGUAUCCGUGGUGCUGGCGCAUGCCUUCCCGCUUGACCCGAAGCGCACGGAGUACCACCGUGGCAUUGUCAGUGCGUCGCAGUCGGAUGGGCGGCUGUAUGCGACGAGUACCGGGCUGGAGGGGGUUGGCCAGCGGAGCUCGCGAGUGGGAAGCUUGGCGAGUGCGAAUGCGCUCUUAGUGCUACAGCCGGGCAGCGGGACAGUUGAAAAGGGUACUCUUGUCGAGGCUUUGUUGUUGGGAAACAUUGUGUCUGAGGUGUAG